GACUGGUCAUCGGGCGGACGAAUCGUGGAAGUGGCGCAUUUUCAGUAAUUGGUGAUUGGAGAUUCUUGGUUAUUAGGCUGAUUAUUGGUUACUCUGUUUUUAAAUAAAGUUUCGCCGCGGGUUCAUAAUUUGUAUUUUGUGUGCCUUUGACAUUUUUUUAUCGUAAUUUUUUGGAUUUUUCCAAUAACGCACUUGAGUGAACAGAACAUUCAAGAUGUCGGUGUGCUUCUUUGUACCUGCAGACCAUGGGGGUGCUUCAGGUGUAGCUGAGGAGAUUGAAGCUGAAGUUACUGAAGAAAUUACCACUGUUGAUAAUGGACAACAGACUUUACAACAGUUUUGGAUCAAGGUCAUGGAAGAUAUAAAAAAAGUAACUUCAGAGGAUUUUAAGACUCAAGCUCUGCCAUUGGCUAGAAUCAAGAAAAUAAUGAAACUGGAUGAGGAGGUCAAAAUGAUAUCGGGUGAGGCACCUGUGCUCUUUGCGAAGGCAGCAGAGAUAUUUAUACACGAGCUCACAUUGAGGGCAUGGGCUCACACUGAAGACAAUAAGAGGAGAACACUUCAGCGGAAUGAUAUAGCUAUGGCGAUAUCUAAGUCUGAUCAAUUCGACUUUCUGAUCGACAUAGUGCCCCGGCAUGAGGUCAAAGUGUCCAAACCACGAGAAGAGAACCACCACACUAUGGCCACAAUCACUGAACAGAUAACGCAGCAAAAUCACUCCAGCAUACAGACUUCAGGGCCCCAACAAAUUGUACUUCAACCUUGCGCUCAAGUGGUACAGGCUGGUGCUAGCAGCAGUAACGCCAGCAGCAGCAGCAGCGGGGCCGGCGGCGUGGUGCCGCAGCCGGUAGCGUUAGUGCAGCAAGUGGUAACUCCCGCCGGGGAACUGCAGCAACUGCCGAUACAACUGACACAAGCUCAGUUGAACAUGAUACGUUUGCAAGUUCAGAACAAUCCCACGCAGCCAAUAAUAAUACAAGCUCAAACGCAACAAUCUCCGCAGAUCAUACAGGUAUCUUCACAAGGACAACAUCAGCCUCAGCAACAAGUGUUCCUCGCACAAGUGGCUACCAGUCAAGAUGAUUCAUAG